CUGCAGGAAUAACAACUUUCCACGACUUGUAGCCGACUGUAUUCUAUCUCUAUAGUAAAAACGAACUUUUAAUGUAUAAUACUGACUUUGACGCCUGGUGCUUGCGUAGAUAUCCCUAUAUAAACUUUUCUACGCUGUAACACCAUUUAGGUUGAUCUUAAAGCGGAUGUUGUAGGAAGGGGAAAUGACAACAGACUGAGUGAGGAAGUUUCUCAAUCUGUCGAAGAGGUGCAUCCUCGGGAGAUCUGAGCGUGAUUAGUGAAGGACAGCCGCUGAUAACGGAUCAUGUGUGACGUGACGCGGGACACCCCGGUCCGGAAGCUCCGGUUCUCCGCGCUGAGAGCCCUGUCAGACCUGCUGGACCCGCAGCAGACCUGGAGGAGCGUCGCGACGGACAUCCGCGGAGCCUCCGGAGAACCGCGCUACUCGCAGCAGCACAUCCGGAGGUUUGAAGCGGUGGUUCUGCAGGGAAAGAGUCCCACGAUGGAGCUGCUGUUCGACUGGGGAACCACAGACUGCAGUGUUGGAGAUCUGGUGGAGAUUCUGCUCCGUCACCAGCUGCUCGCCGCCGUCAGCGUCCUGCUGCCUGAUCACAGCCCAUGCCCCGCCUCUGCUGCAGGCUCCUCCAACUCAUCGGUCAGCACACUGAAGUGUGAAGCAGUGUUGCGUCCGUCCGAGGCGUGUCUGCAGGCGUGCAUCCGUCCUGAGGUCACCAAACCUGUCAGCAAAGCCGCGGUGAUGGAGCCGGACAGCAGCAGCGUGCCGGAGGAGAACACCUGGAGCGACACUGAAGCAGGUUUCUACACGUUCACGCACCGGGAGCUGAUGGUCAUGACCAGCGGCUGGGACGAGCGGCCCGUGAAGGAUGGCGGGUGUUUGCUGGGCACCGGCGGCUUUGGCAUCGUGUUCAGAGGCUCUAUGGGCGGCACAGAAGUAGCUGUGAAAAAACUCAAUCCUUUGGACGGCAGCUCAUUUGAAGAACUCAAGACUCAGUUUAAUCAAGAGAUUCAAACCCUCAGGAGUCUGAAGCAUGAGAACCUGGUGAGCAUGGUGGGCUUCUCCAGCGACGGGGAGCAUCUGUGUCUUGUGUAUGAGUUGAUGCCCGGGGGGUCUUUGCUGGAGCGGCUGGCCUGUGCAGACGGGGCUUCGGCUCUCUCGUGGCUCAGCAGAUGCUUCAUCAGCGCAGGAGCCGCCAGAGGACUGCAGUACCUGCAUCAGAACAACCACAUCCACCGAGACGUCAAGAGCGGGAACAUCUUAUUAGAUGAGGACUUUGUGCCGAAGAUCUCUGACUUCGGUUUGACACGUGCCUCAGCCAAUCACACGUGCUCGACGGUCAUGACGGGGAGGAUUGUGGGUACGACGGCCUACAUGGCACCAGAGGCCCUGCGAGGAGAAAUCACUCCUAAAUCUGACGUCUUCAGCUUCGGCGUGGUGUUGCUGGAGAUCCUGUCCGGUCUUCCUCCGGUCGAUGAGAGCCGUGAUCCCAAACUGCUGAUGGAGAUGAAGGAUGAGAUCGAUGAUGAGGAGCUUUCUCUGCAGGACUUCAUCGAUGGGAAGAUGCAGGGAUGGAAGAUGGAGGAGGUGGAGCGGAUGUAUGACGUGGCGUCUCAGUGUCUCUGUGAGAAGAAAAACAAAAGACCCACCAUCACAGAGGUUGUGUCUGAACUGGAAGAUCUUCAUCACAAACAUUCCCAGAGCUCCAGAUGAGUUGCUCAGGAUUCAUCGUGAUAAUGCGUCCUGAUCUGACUCCAUCGUCUCAGGAGACGGCGGGAAAAUACACCUCAAGCCACAAUCGGAGACAAAAACAUCAGAAAACAAAACAACAGAAGAGCAUUUGCAUAGAAAAAUGAGCUUCCUGGCACAUGGGAACCAAAACAAUCAUAUCAAAAAAUGAGUUUAUUUCGUAAAAAAAUGAGUUUGAUCCAUCGGAUGUGAGCCAUGUGAUUAACAUCUCCCUCGUGGUUGGUACAAAAUAGAAAAAUAAAACAAUAUAAGACACAAUAAAAGGAAUGCCGACGGUUUGCAGAGAUCACGUCUUGACCUGAUUUUGGCACAGUUUAAAAAUCACUAAAGCCUUGUUUUUAGUAAUUGGUUCGUUCGUUUGUAAUUUGAAGUACAGCUCAAAAAUGCACUGCAGAGGUGUUUGUGUCACAUUGUGCAUAGCUCUGCAUCGUAUUCUGUGAGGAAUGAAUGGCGUGGUCUCUUGGAUUGGCGCUCGUCUGCUGUUAAUCGUCAGCUUCCUGGCCGUCUCCGGGGCGUCGCGUGAUCCUGCGCUCACCUUUUCUCCCGGUCGGCCCGCGCGGUUUGGCGAACGCCUGCUUGUGCGCGUGCUGCUUGGGAUGAACCUCAUCGUAGAGGAAAUCAGCGGUCAGCUCAUCGCCGUUAUCGAUCUCCAACUGCGGGAAAAACACGCUAAGAUUUAAACCACAUAUGUCACUU